AUGAUAAGACAAAAAAAAGCAGUAGAGAUAGAAGAAUACAACAGGAACAAAGGUUAUAAUAAACAGAAUGAUCCAACCUUACCUGAUGCUACAUCUAAUACCAACCAAGAAGAUCAAUUAAAGCAUAACCAAGUUGAAAAUCUUAUCUGGAAUAUUGUGAACAAAAUGAUCAAAGUCUUGAAUAAAAAACCAACACAACCACAUACCAACAAGCUACCUGUAUCAAGAAUAGAAUUUACAGAAAUAGGUUCGAGAACUACCAAUGAAUAUUUAAAAGUAAAAUUAUUAGAUAAUAGUGUAGGAUAUGAUGUAAAACCAGUUG